UGUCUGUGAGAGUACAAGAGAGAUGGGUGCGGGUGUAUAUACGUUGUUCUGCGUGUUGACAAUCAGUUCUGUGUAUUGCAUACGAACACGUAGAAGAACUCGAAACCAUCAGUUUGACGAUCUGUGGAUAACAAACAAUGUCGUGGAUGAUGUGUCUGGCGUUUCCACCACUGCGUGUGCCGUCAGGUGUGCAACAUCCACCAACUGUCAGUCAUUCAGUUAUCACGUGACGGAUCAACACUGUCAACUGCAUUCUUUGGCCAACUUCGUUCCAGCAGAUGUUACCACCAAAGUAUAUCCCGGUGCCAUAUACUUUGGUUCUUUAUUGGAUUGUUCUGGUGCCAACAGGAUCUAUAAUCCAAUAGAAGACAUUUGUGUUGAGGUUGUGACAUCCUCACAAACUUGGCAUACUGCUGACAGCACGUGUAAGAGCCGAGGCGGUCGACUGGUAGUCGUGGACACUGAAGGAAAGUUCAACUUCCUUAAGACAACGCUGCAAGGAUCAGCUGCCUGGAGGUCCACCAAUUACUGGAUCGGCCUGAGUGAUGAGACAGUGGCGAACGGCGUAUUCAUCUGGUCGGAUGGGACACAGGCAAGCUACACAAACUGGAUGCCAAACGAAGGGAAGAGUACCUCAGAGUACUGUGUUGAGAUGGUCCGGUCACAUGACUACCAGUGGAACGACAAUCCCUGCUGGGCUGCACUGAGAUUCAUCUGCGAAUACACAACUAGUGUUGUGUGAUGGUAUCAUGGUUGUACGUGAAUGCAGGUUUUUAUUACGAUUUACGAAUCAGCCCAGGUGGAAUAAAGUCUUGAGAAGAGUCCUAUUUCUUACAAUCGAGGUUAUUAAUUUCAGUUGUUUAAAAACAUCAAAAUUACACAACUAUGGCAAAGAAAGUAACCCUUUGACUUGGAUAUUGCCCCAAAACAUUUCUUCUUAAUUUUAUAUAUUCAGUAGUAAAUGGGUACCCGGUAGAAUGACAUUCUUUGUGAUUGUAAACCAUUUCGUGCCUCAUAAUGCAGAUUGGGUUGCAUACUCCAACGAGAUCUGAGCACAUAGUUCAAUUCCACGCCGAACCUCUGACCGAGGUAAUGAUUGUGUGGGUUCCAUUGUUAGUAUUUAUUUACGAUAGCCCGCAAUACAUUGAAAGAAUAAUUUGUUUUAAUAACUCUUUUCUUAUUUCGUUCACUUACCAUACUGUUUUGGAAAAAAACAUAUCUAAACCGGAGACAUUGUAAAAAGGACCUACCUGAAACUCAUAGCUUAUUGCUAUCUGGAAAAUAACGCAUUGUGCUUGUAGAUUCUGAACGUAUCAUUGAUUAAACGAAAGGUCCGAAACAAGAUAUCACUAAGACAUAGUGAAUGAGUGGGGUCGGUUAGCGACGCUUUGAACAGUAUUACAGUUAUAUUUAUAUUACAGUAUGCCAGCUUGGUGUGGAAAGGAAACCCCUGGUUACUAAGGUCUUGGAGUUUACCAAUUUGGAGUUUCAACGCUGUUCGACAAAAAUGAAAGUCUGGUAGUCUAGAUCAUGUACUUUGUCUACCCCUCUGACAAGUGUAAAUUUGCUCGGCUCCCAUUGCCGAAGGUUAUGAAUACACAAUGCCAUUUAGAAAGUGGUCGAAUGUAACAUAUUUUAUUUUUAGGAUAACACUUCCUUAGUACAGUACAGAUUCUAGUACUUUUUUGCCCGGGAUCCCUGACGUCUUCUAGACUUCGUGUGCCAGACAACCAGUUGUCGGACUUUCAUUUUUGUGAAAGCCUUGGUGGCUGAGUGGGUUAGAUCGCUGACUUUGUGUGCUGGCGAUUGUGAGAGUGUGGGUUCGG